AUGCAGAACGCUUGGGAUCGGACAAGUAGCGUUGACAGUGACAAACCAGGCCAUACAAAAAUGCUGGGGAAAGGACAAAGCAGUGGAUAUCCCCCUGAGACAGCAAGUGACACCUUACAGAGCAUCACUGUGGCACCUUUGGACAGUGCCGAUAAUAAAGGCCUCCAGGUGGGUGUCCAGCUUCCAGGCAGUUCGCAGACAGGGCCUCAGCACCAAAACCAGCAGCUCCUCUUGACUCCAGCCAGCCUCCAACUCGCUCAGCUCCAGGCCCAGCUUACCCUCCAUCGCCUAAAACUGGCUCAGGAAGGCAACACGGCUGCUGCUGCUGCUUCCGUUCUCAAUCAGGUUCUUUCCAAUGUCAACAUGUCUCAGCCCUUGUUUAAUCAAUUACGGACUUCCUCUAUGGUUGGAAGUCAACAGAGUGCCUUUCCCACAGGAGUUCUAGGUUUCUCCUCUUCAAAUUCACCCUUGGGGGCCUUGGUUGGCGGAGGAUUCAACCAAAAUCCGGGUAAUGUGAGCCUGAACCAUCCUUGUGGAGGAGGUACGAUGGGUCAACAGGGUGCUGAGUAUGGGAAAACGGGUGGGUCAACUUACCCCUCUGACACUGACAGACGUCUUCAGUACAACUUAGUUGGAGCGGCAUCUGCUGCAUUGGCCACUGCUGGUGAUGGACCGUCCACAGUGAUGAGCACUCAGGCAAAAAACAUGACCAAUGCUGGUCUUCAGAGAGAUUUCUAUGGGCAGGAUAUACAAGUGCAACAAGCUGGGUUUGGUGAGCAGAAAAUGAAUGUUUUCAACUCCAUGGGACAUAAGGAGCAAUGGAAAGGUCAUGCCAACUUGUCUCACACUGGUAAGGUGGAUGUGGUUUCUAAUCCUCCCCCAGCGUGGACGACAGCUGGACAGCCAGUUCAGCCCAGGAUUGAACUAUAUAACCCAGAGGAGCCAACCCCUGACCCAAAGUUAAACUGCAGCAGUGCGGCAGCUUCCUCUUUCGAUUCAAGUGGCAUGCAGGGGUUAGGAGUCUACCACCGCCUGCAUGGAAAAGAGGACGCUUCGGGCACCAGGACACUUCAGCCUUAUCAAAUCAAUGAUUACCAUGCUGUUACACCAACUCAGCUGCCACACCAGUGCAGCAUUUGUGACAAGAAGGUCUACAACUUGAAGGACUGGGAUCAGCAUGUGAAGGGAAAACUACACCUGCAGAAUCGAAUGUUGUAUGCAAAUGAAAGUUCAGCGGUGGUAUCAGCUGGAGCUAUUCACUAUGCUGUUGGCAGACCUUCUGAUGGAGGUCUGAACCCCGGAGGAACGAGUCCCAUAGUUUGUUCUGCUGCAAGUCAAGAUGUAUCCUCAGGAGCCAAUAUGUCAUACUUGCCAGCUACAGCCAUGAAGACUUAUCCCAUGUCAGACACAGGAUUUGCCUCACAGCAGCCAGAGUCAAAGCCAUUUCCCAUCAGAAAGGCCUCUGCAGGCCGAGUCAUCCACAUAUGCAACCUCCCUGAGGGCAGCUGCACGGAGAAUGAUGUCAUCAACCUGGGACUACCCUUUGGCAAAGUUACCAAUUACAUUCUCAUGCGGUCUACACAUCAGGCCUUUCUGGAGAUGGCGUAUGUUGAGGCAGCUCAUGCCAUGGUUCAGUACUACCAACUUACUCCAGCUAUGAUUAACAACCAAAAACUUCUAAUACGAAUGUCUAAGAGGUACAAGGAGUUGCAACUCAAGAAGCCAGGUAAAGAUGUUCAAUCGAUCAUCCAGGAUAUUACCUCACAGCGGGAAAGGGAUGAGAUGCAGCAACAUGAACACUACAUGCCAGAGAGAGCACGUUCCCGCAGCCCUAUCAGCCACUCUCUGAGUCCUCAUUCCCACAGCCCCAGUUUUACAUCAUGCAGCUCAGCCCAUAGCCCCCAAGGUGCACCAUGCAGGGGUCCAGAGAGAGGCUUCGAUGGCCUGGGCCCCCACCGGGGCUCUUGGGAGUGGUCAUCACACUUAAGAAAAGGUGAGGAUGAAAGAGAGAGGGAUGAUCCAUGGAGGAAUGGGAGCAGUGUGGAUGAUGAUCGACCUAAUGGGCGGGCUGACCGUCGAAAGAUCUACCAAAAGUCCUUAGAUCAUCUCAGUCUGAGAUUUUCUGAUGAGCGAGGAGGUGGAGGUGAAGGGAUGAGAGGAAGCAGAGACUGGCACCCACGAGGCAGCCCUCAAGGCUCAUCCUUCAACUCAUACCGGAACAAUGAAGAUGAUUUCUACAUGGAGCAAGUGUAUAAGUCAGACAAGCCGCUCAGACCUCCAUACCAGCGACAUGAUGCAAAGCCAAAGAGGAAGGAUGGUGGUGACUACCACACUCGGUCCAGGCAUUCAGAGACUAACAUGACUGAUGAGCCACUUUGCAGAACACCUGAAAAUAAAAGACAGAGUUCACCAGGUGGGGGCAGGAGCAAAAAGACAAGCAGGAGGUACAAUGCCACAGAGAAAAAAGAGAGAGAAAAGGCUGCUGGAAAUACCGAUUGCCACUCAAAAGAAAAAUCAGCUUCACCUCAGCAAAUCAGUAAAACAAAAGAGGCUUCUGAAUGUGGCAAAGACAGGGACAUAGAGAAGGAUUGGGAAAGUUGUGAUGACACCGAUGAAGAGUGUUGGUAUCCUAAGAACAUGGAGGAACUAGUCACUGUAGAUGAAGUGGGAGGAGAAGAUGAUUCCAUUAUUGAGCCAGACCUUUCUGAGCUAGAAGAGCUUACAUCCUGCCCCAAAGACUCUGCAGUGGAACAGUCAGUAGAGGAGCGCAAAUCACCAUCUACCUCAUCCUUGGAGGUGCAGCAGACAUUUAACGACAAAUCUAAGACUGAAAAGUCUUGUGGGGAUGGUGGAGACCAGGCAGCAACAGCUGUAACUAAGAAAGAAGAGAAUAUUUUGUCUUCAGCCAAAGAGGAAGACCAGAAAACAAUUCCAGUGACUUCUGAGUUACCAGCUUCUAACCUUAGUGAAUGCCCCAGUGAGGAGUUAAAGGCUGCAUUGGAGGAGACACGCUUAGAGGACAGUGAAGUAACCAAUAAUGGGCCACCAGGAGGGCCAAUGGAAAAUCAUGUUUGUGUAUCAGAGGAUAGUAAGACCCCAGAAGUAGGACAGGUCACGGAAGUAGUCAAUAAUGGAGUGCAGCACAAGGACAACAUUCAUAAAAAAGACACUGAGGCCUGCUCACCAUCCCAUGAACAAGACAGAGCUGUCAGUGAACACAGCAUACCUUUAGGAGUGGAGUUUGUUGUGCCGAGGAGCGGCUUCUACUGUAAACUCUGUGGACUUUUUUACACCAGUGAGGAAACUGCAAAGACCGCUCACUGCCGCAGCACAGUACACUACAGGAAUCUACAGAAAUACCUGUCUCAGCUGGCAGAGGUCAGUCUAUCGGGCGUGCUCUGAACCUCCAGCUGCACGGUGAUGAUAGCUUGACCUCUCACCUCCUGCAAAAUGAACAUCAGAAGAAGGAUUUGUGUGAAUCCUAAAGCACGGAUAAUGCGCUUUAGGACAACACGGCAUAAAGCAGACAAAUUCAACAAUGCUGAUGUUUGUUUGGAUAGGAAUGCUAGAAUGACGCAGACAAUAGACGCUUUCAGUUCUGUAAAUAUA